AAAAAUACAUUUUUUUUCUAAUGGGAAAUUUACAUCCUUAUGCUAUUUGAAUUUCUCUUCUUUGACCCCCUGGCCGCCCCGCCCGCUCCCCGUAAUAUUUCAUUUUGCAACUUGUAUCUUAUUUCUUGCAUAAAUCUUAUAUUCUCUCUCACUCUCUUUCUCUGUCGCUUUUUUUAAAUAUUCAAAUAAAGCAGUCAAUCAAUCUCGUGGCCACAUGCACGCGUGCGCACACACACACACUCUUGAUACAUUAUUGCGUGUGUGUGUGUGUGUGUGUGUGUGUGCGCUCGUAUGCUUCACAUGUCUCCAUCAGUGGCCCAAGGCUGUGUAAUCCUCUUACUUUCUCUCCCUGCAGGGGAGGGCUGCAAAGCUCUCACUCAUUACGUCGCACACUUUCCUCCUGUCAUUAAUGUGUGUGCGUCCGUAUGUGUGUGUGAGAGAGAGAGAAGUGUGUGUGUGUGUGUCUAUGUACAUGCCGCCCCGCGUGGACUGAGCAGAGCAGCAGCAGCGGCCGCCCGGACGGAAGGAACCCAUGCGGUCCUUGCCAUGACUCGACCCGCCGAGCACAUCCUUCACACUGCCUGGAUUUUGCUAUGUGUGGCUCAGCUGAGCGCAGGUCUGAAAUGCGUGUGCCAGCUGUGCGACAGCCAAGUGUGCGAGACGUCCGCCGACGGCGCCUGCUGGAACUCGGUGAUGCUGGUCGACGGUCGCGAGGAGACGCUCAAGUCUUGCCUGUCGCCGUCGCAGAUGAGAGGGCAGCUCUUCUGUUUCAGCUCCCCCAACGUCUCCAAGAGGAACUGCUGCUUCACCGACUUCUGCAACAACGAGACGCUGCACUUACAGCCCGAGAGGCCUUUGGAAACCGGCGACGGUGGCAGCAGGCUGCAGUUGGCCGCGGUGAUCGUGGUGCCCUCGUGUCUGCUGUGCGUGGGCGUCGCGGUGGGGGUGUUGGUGGCGCAGCGCCAGCGCUGCGUCUACAGCCGGGCACGCAAACAUGACCCGGAGGAAGCCCUGGACGAACACAUGCUCAUGUCUCCUGACAAAUGUCUCAAAGAUCUCAUCUACGACAUGAGCACUUCCGGCUCGGGAUCAGGGCUUCCACUGCUGGUCCAACGAACGAUAGCGCGGACCAUCGUCCUCCAGGAGAGCAUCGGGAAAGGUCGCUUCGGUGAGGUUUGGCGAGGAAAGUGGCGAGGAGAGGACGUGGCUGUCAAGAUCUUCUCCUCCAGGGACGAGAGGUCUUGGUUCCGCGAGGCCGAGAUUUAUCAGACCAUCAUGCUCAGACAUGACAACAUCCUGGGCUUCAUUGCGGCUGACAACAAAGACAACGGCUCGUGGACGCAGCUGUGGUUGGUGUCCGAGUACCACGAGCACGGCUCGUUAUUUGAUUACCUGAACAGGUACACCGUGUCGGUGGAGAGGAUGGUCGUCAUCGCUCUGUCUGUAGCCAGCGGCCUGGCUCAUCUCCACAUGGAGAUUAUUGGCACACAGGGGAAGCCAGCCAUCGCUCAUAGAGACCUGAAGUCAAAGAAUGUGUUGGUGAAGAAGAACGGCACGGCGGUCAUCGCCGAUUUGGGCUUGGCCGUGAAACACGACUCUGGCACCAACAGCAUAGACAUCCCCAGCAACCACCGAGUGGGAACCAAGAGGUACAUGUCCCCUGAAAUCCUGGACGAGACCAUCAACAUGAGCAACUUCGAGUCGUUCAAGCGGGCCGAUAUCUACUCGUUGGGUCUAGUGUACUGGGAACUGGCCCGGAGAUGUUCAGUCAGAGGACUUCACGAGGAUUUCCAACUGCCUUAUUAUGAUCUGGUGCCUUCAGAUCCCUCGGUGGAAGACAUGAGGAAAGUGGUGUGCGAGCAGAAACUGCGACCGAACAUUCCAAACCAGUGGCAGAGUUGUGAGCUAGGCUCUGCGCGUCAUGGGCAAACUGAUGCGAGAAUGCUGGUACGCCAACCCCGCCGCCCGCCUCACCGCCCUGCGGGUCAAGAAGACUGCCGCUCAGCUUUCCGCCAUCAGAGACGUCAAAGAGUAGAUUCAUUGGUUAGCCCUACGAUGGGUUAGCGACGGUGCUGCUGGAUUAGGACCACCCCAGGAAGGUACCGUCCCGGGCCCACUUAGUCUUCGGAAUAGAACCACAGAGAGUCGAUUGAGGUUGCUGUCGGUGCCAAAGGAGAAUUGGGAGAUGCCUGUGGGAGCUUAGCACCACUUUGUAUGGUUAUUAGAACCAAAAAGGUUGUAUUCAAAACAUAACAAUGUAUAAACCUUUGCUACCUCGCAUAUUGAAGUGCCAGAAAAUCGCUCCUAGUCAGUCACCUUGUUGUGCCAUGUCUUGUAGAGGAACACAGUGUUGUAAAAAGUAAGUAGCGUGCUAUUUGCAAAGGUCACUCAGUCAGUCAGCCAUACUUACCGUAUAAAUGGCACUCGCAUAGGACAUCUCGGACAAUGUGCAUGUUUUUUUUUUAAAAUGAAAAGUCCAAAGUAUUUGUGGAAAGAGAGGCGCUUUGUAUUUUGCACCCCAAAUAACUUCCCCCUUCUUUAAAAGGGGGAUGAAUGGCAGCGGAAUCUCAAAGGGUUAAAUAUAGUCCUUUCCGUGACUCGGAUCAACAUUUUAUUUGGAAUUUUGAAGGAUUUUUUUUUUCAGUCGGAAAUAAGUGAACCAGACUUCAUUACAUUUAAAUCGCUGUAAAGUGAAAACAAAUAUGUAGUGUAAAUUUGACCCACCCCCAACAAGUGUUAUUAACAACCAUCCUAGCUCACUAUUGCCUCUUGAUGAUUGGAAUUACAAGAUAAGUUACAAAAAAAAGUAUUUUCUUAAGACUUGAACGUCACACACACUGUAUGAAUGUUUAAAAGAGAUUUUGCACAGAUGUAAAAGCAUUCCGUUGCCGAAAAGACCUGGGUGCUAGUUUUUGGGACAGACCGAAGCUCAUCCAUGAAUGUGAAAUGUAUGUUUUGUUUUUUUUUGUUUUUUCCCACUAUGUGUUUUUAUUUUGAUUGUCAAAAACCAAAGUUGCCUGAAAACCAGACGAAUGUUAUUUGGAAUAGGGAAAACAUUGCCUAAGGCUGCUUUAGGAGAACCCCACGUAUGUAAAAGUACUUGAAAAGGAUGUUGAAGAAGGGAAAACGUACUUUGGGUGUGUUUGGACUUCAACAUUGAACUUGAAUCUCUUGGCGUUUGUCGUUUCCAACCACACUGCGUUUAUCCAACCAUUUAUGUGCACUUGUAUUCAAUUCAGCAGGAACAGGACAUUUUUUUUGUUCAUGGUAGCAUGCUGAAGGAAUCCAAAUGCAGUAUUAACAAAUGCACUUUUUUUUGGGGGGGGGGGGGAGGCUUGAUUUUUGAAUCAUUGCUAUCAAAGCUUUAAACUUCCCUUGUGUCAAAACGGCUUUUCUGUGAGAGUCAAAUAUGCAGUCUUGAGAUCAGAACGGCAUUGUAAAGUGGAGGGCUUUUGAAUGUACAAGUUCUUCGAUCAUCUCUUGUCAGAAAUACAAAUCAUUCAUGUCAUUCAUGCGACUGUUGACCCCCAAAGUUGUAAAAUUCAGAAUAGCACCCCGCACUUGGAGUGGCCCUCGAUGAGUUUUUGGAAAAAUAAAAAAGGGAAAUAAACUCGGCGGGUUUUAGUUGUAAUACAAGUGUUCACCACUAGAUGGCAGCAAUCACUCACCAGCACCUCAAACCCUCAAGACUGUCGUUGUGCAUCAAAGAAAAUGCAGUUUUACCGAUAAAAUAGGCAGCAGAUUUUAUGCAUGCCAAAUUUAAACGCAAACCAUCUGUGUUGUUUGCUGAGAGACGCCGUCAGCCAUAACAGAUUUCCACAUAAGUGGCCACUACAACACACGUCUCAAAAGUGCAAAACAACAGAACCAUUGACGGUUCGUUUGAAGCCAAUAAGGACUUCAAAACAUGGAUCUACUCGAGUAUAAUAACAAUGUUACAAAUGCGUGUGGUGGCUUUAUUGGACAAGUGGCUGUUGUGUGUUGGUGAGUGAUUUGGCCUAUUAAUUUGCCGAUUUAGCAUGUUUUUUUUUUUUAGUAUAAUGUUAAUUAAUACAAAUUCGAUCAAAACAUUAUUUCUUGCACUGAAUGUUUGGUUGCUGUUCAGCAGUUUUGUGCCAUCUUUGAAUGGAGGAUGUUAUCCAAGAGAGCCCUUUGCACAAGGAAAAAAAAAACGUUGGCUUUGUUGUUGAAGAGCGGAUCUUUUAUUUUUGCAUUUGAAACU